AUGGGUCAUAUUCUUGGUCUUGUUGUUCUCUUUCUUUCUCUGUCGUCCGCAUUAUUUGUUCAUGCUGAUGAUGACGAAGAUGUUAGUACAUACAUUGUUAGUGUCAAUAAUAUCAUGAAACCGGCAGAGCUUGCAGAGGUCCAACACUGGUAUGAGUCCACCCUUGAAAGCCUGGAAGACUCUAAUUACAAUAAUAAUCCUUAUUCAAAAUCCUCAAAGUACUCAUCAAAAAUACUUCAUGUUUACAACACAGUUUUCCAUGGCUUCUCCGCUAAACUGACCCCGCGGCAAGCCCAACAGCUUAAGGAGCGGCCGUGGGUCGUUUCUGUUUUACCCGACCGCGUUUACAACUUACACACGACCCGGUCUCCUUAUUUCCUAGGCUUAUACCUCGAUUAUAACUUUACCAUUGGUUCGCCAGUGACGAAUGAAUCCGAUUACGGCUCGAACGUCAUCAUCGGAUUCCUCGACAUCGGUAUAGAUCCCGAGCACCCUAGCUUCAACGACGAGGGCCUUGGUCGCCUCCCAACCCAAAAGAAAUGGAAAGGGGGGUGUGAGAAUGGGAUUGAGUGCAACAACAAACUCAUUGGCGCUAGGAUCUAUACCGAUGGAACGGACUUCGGGCACGGCACGCACACGGCGUCCACGGCUGCAGGAAGGGCCGUCGAGAACGUGGCUUAUGCCAAAAAUGGAAACAGCACGGCCGUCGGAGUUGCGGCCAAGGCACGAAUUGCAUCCUACCAAGUAUGCAACGUGUCGGGCUGCACGGUUUCCCACGUUCUCGCCGGUUUAGACAAAGCGGUGGAGGAUGGGGUCGACAUAAUCUCCAUGUCCAUCGGAUCUGAUACUAGCGAUCCGUAUGAGGAAGAUCCCAUCGCGAUCGGGGCGUUUGGUGCCAUGUACCGGGGUGUUUCGGUCAUUACAUCUGCCGGGAACAGCGGCCCUUCUGAACGCACAGUGACGAAUGUUGCCCCAUGGGUGACGACCGUCGCCGCCGGCACAAUGGACCGAGGGUUCACGGCUUAUCUUGCUACUACUCAGCAGGGGACGUUCCACGGGGCUUCGCUUUACGGUGGGGAACCCACAAAGCCUCUACCCCUGGCAUAUGGAAGGAACUGUAUGAUGUUGGAUAACAGCUUUUCCGGAAAGAUUGUGUUCUGCGACACGUGGGGAGACAUCGAUGUCGCAGAGCUAGUGGAGAAUGUGGCAAAUGCCGGAGGUGCUGGCGUGGUGGCAGCCUACAUGUACCCGAAUGGCCGAGAACUCAUUGCCCAAGACUUCAAGAUCCCUGGCCUCUCCAUAACCGAGUUCGACGGAAACGAGCUCCGUCAUCAUCUCAUAAAUGGCACGAUAACAAAUGCCACGAUGAUAUUCCGCGGCAUGGAAAUCGUGACUGACCAGCUGCCAGCUCCAGCAGUAGCUUUUUUCUCCUCCAGAGGCCCUAAUAACAUUUCGCCAUAUGUUAUGAAGCCCGACGUGUUGGCGCCAGGUGUCAACAUCCUAGCGGCAUGGCCAGAGGGCGUCGACCAGUUCAAACUGCAAUCGGGCACAUCCAUGGCCUGCCCGCACGUGUCCGGCCUCGCUGCUCUCUUGAAGGCUAUCCACCCAAAGUGGUCCCCAGCCAUGAUCCGCUCCGCCAUCAUGACCACGGCUUAUAACACAGCCAAUGAUGGCAAACCCAUACUUAAUAAUGAUGAUCUCACUUUGUCUACAACCUUGGAUAUGGGCGCAGGUCACAUUGACACGGAUAAAGCCCGUGAUCCAGGAUUAGUCUACGAUAUCACCCCGCAAGAUUAUGUGGAUUUCCUGUGCGCCUCAAAAUAUACAAAUGCGACCAUCCAAACUAUAACCAAUGGAAAAUACGGGGAAACCAAUUGCACUGGAAAUACGAUGCCGUGGGAUUUGAAUUAUCCAGCCAUCUCUGUUGAUUCACAGUCAUUAUUAGAUGGUGAUAUCACGGUUAAAAGGACGGUGACAAAUGUUGGUGAAGAUUAUUCUAGUUACACCGUCACCGUGACCAAUCCAAAAGGGGUGAGUCUGACGGUAAAUCCGGUGAAAAUGGAUUUUAAUAGCAAGGGUGACAAGCAAAGUUACAAUGUGACUGUGACUUCAAACGUAAAACAAUUACCGGCACAUGAUAUUAGUGUGGAGGGAAAGAUAGUUUGGUCGGACGAGAAGCGGCGGGUGGUGUCGCCUGUUGUCAUUGUCAUAACUGGUAAUUGA